AUGAGCUCUCCCAAGCUGAGCGAGAGAUGCCCCAGCAGCAUGAGCAACGGCAAGAAGCUAUGCAACGAAUCCAAAGAGGAUUCGCUCGAUAACUCUCUAAGGGAGUCGAUCAAGUCGGAACGGGGCGGCAAGGGCGAGGAGGACUGGCGGCGGCGCACCAUCAUUGUGGAGAAGAAAAACGGCUCCUACGGCUUCACCUUGCAGAGCUACGGGAUUCAUUACAAGAAGGAACAAGAGAUCGAAGUGAUCACGUACGUGGACCACGUGGAGGACGAGGGUGCAGCAGCGGCCGCCGGCAUGCGGGAAGGUGACGUGAUCCUGUGCAUCAACGGCAUCGACGUGGAGCACGCCGACCACGCCACCAUCGUGGAAGCCAUCAACUCUUGUGACGCGCGCAUGCGCAUUGUUGUCAUCUUCGAGGAUUGCGUGCGGAAGGUCGAACUCCACCUCAAGUACAUCAAUAUACAGAGAGCCUUGCAAAGUAAAAUGCGAGAAUUAGAACAACUCUCCAUAAGAGAACGACAAGUAUUUGAUUCAAAUUGGAAAACUCAUAGUCUGCCUUCGCAGAAAAAGAAGACGUCACCAACCGACGCCAUCUCCGAUACUGAAGAGAACGCGGAAGACAACUUGGGCAGCGGGUACUGCAGGGCUACGCUGUCCAGUGAGAACGUCACCAACGCCAAACCUCCGCAGGGCAGUGUAUUUAUGUACCAGUAUCUCGAUCCGCGAUACGGGACGUGCAUCAUUCAACCAAACUUGCGGACGGGUAGCUUCGUUAUCACGGUAGGCUCGCCGAGAAACAGGCGCGAGUGUCACCACUGCGUCAUGAAAGCUGCCGGCGAGACUCACCGGGCUCCCGAAGCCCACAAAUAUAGUAACGGGAAACAUGGCAAAGUUCACAAGAACCACAGCCAUGGCUGUGGCCCCUGUAUGCCCCCAUACAACAGUCAGGACGCCAACAGCCUCGAGGCGUACGAUCUGGCUAGUCCUUGCUGUGACCCGCACUGUGUUCCCAACUCCAGAAAAAAGGUACGGCGGAAAAAGGAAUGUUCGAAGGAACACAAGAGGAAAGAAAAGUGUCAGCAAGUUGAUAAAUCGACGCAAAAGACGGACGGCUGCGCGCACUCGCAUUCGAAGAAGACGUGUUCGUCAGGCCAGUGCUCGGGCCGGUACCGCUACCUGACCACGGAGUCCACACAGACCAGCCAGUGCAGUCUCCAAUCCUACACAACAAGCAACGUCACGAUCCCCUGCGACAACUCGGCGUCGAGUUACAGCACUUCACUCAGUAGCGACACUCUGUUCUGGGAUAACGACCGAUCAGAGGCCAAAUCUUCGCCGAAGAUCCAAUAUCAGAGCUCACAUCAGCACGUGAAGCCCAAGUCGUGGGACAAUUUGACAACAAAAGCGUUCGGGGGAUACGGUUUUGGAUAUGGCUAUCUGGAUACGACCGUCAAGCACACGAACAGGUCGAAGAGCCACGGGCGGAGUCACAGCGGCCGCAGCACGCAGAGCCAUCACGAGUACCACCACGCGCAGGAGAAGCACCAGCACAGGCAGAGCGCCACGCCGCACCACUACCCCGUCUACAGCAGGAGCCAAAGUCACUGCCAACCGACCAAGUCAACCGAGAGCCUUAUUGUAGUGCCCAAGUAUCAGAUGGAUGGUAGCGGCUCCGAGAGCCGUAUCGCGUGCGAGUGUGUGGAGUCGGUAGAAUAUUACCGCAGAGUGGGAUCUUCAAAGAGCUCCGGCGAGACCCAUUCAGGAUACUAUUCGCAGCGUAUCGUCUACUCUACGCACGCGUACAAGAAAAAAGACUCCAAUGUAAGCUCAGAAAUAACUAGAUUAUAA